UCUCUUCAUUGGAGGUAUGUAUUGGUCACUGAAUGGGUCAGGGAUUUUCAAACCUAGAAGUUGUGGGGUGUGUCCAUGGAAGAGUGUUGUGGGGGCUGGGUUCAGGAGGCCCUGCGCACAUGUGCUGUCACUCAACUACCCUGCACAGACAACCCAGACUGAGAGACGAGGAACAAGAGCUUCUAGUAGCCUGGAGACGGCCGUGUCCCUGCCUCAUUGAAAAAUUUAGCUUGGACACUGCUGUCCAAGUCUCCAGUGUUGUAUCACUUGGCAGUGGUUCAUUGUGAACAUUGAGGAUCAAAAGCCAGAUGAUGAAGGUUGUGGCGGUCCUGGGUGCACUGAUGGCUGUUGUCUGUCAGGUCAGCAGCAGCAGUCAGGUAACACAGAGUGAUCUGAAGCCAGCUGCGCUGUACCCCUGGAGACACAGGAGUGCAGGUCCACAGGUCAGGGUCAAGAGAGACUGGAUCAUUCCACCAAUCAGAGUGUCAGAAAACAGCAAACAGCUCCCUGAAGAUCUGGUCCAGAUCAAAUCAGACAAGGUUUUCACUGGGGAGGUGAUAUACAUGCUGGAGGGACCCGGGGUUGACCAGGACCCCAAAGGCCUCUUUGAAAUUGAUGAAAAAACAGGAUGGAUCAAGAGCAAAAUGCCGCUAGACAGGGAAAAACACAAGAGCUUUAAGCUCAAGGCUUUCGCACUUUCCCCAAGUGGAGAGAGACUGGAAAGUCCCACCACGAUUGAAAUCUACGUUUUAGAUCAGAAUGACCACAGGCCUGAAUUUACCCAGAAGGAGUUUGUCGGCACUAUCCCAGAAUUCUCUGUUCCUGGAACUUCAGUAAUGCAGGUUACAGCGAUAGAUUCUGAUGAUCCAAUGACAGAAAACGCAGCUCUGAGCUACUCCAUCAUUGGACAAGAGAGCAUCCCUCCUCAUGGCAUCAACAAGACCAUGUUUGGCAUUAACAACAAAACUGGAGUCAUCUACACUCGGGAUGUGGGACUAGACAGAGAUGUGGUGCAGUCUUUCAGGCUGACUCUGCAGGUGGCUGACAUGUCUGGAAUGGGCCUAACCUCCACCGGUCGUGCCAUCAUUCACAUCUCUGACAUUAACAACCAUGCUCCGAAAUUCCAUCCUACCAUGUACAACAUGAAUGCAAUGGAGAACAAGUACAUCAUGGAGCUGGGCAGGGUCAAUGCGACAGAUAAGGACCAGAAAGGUGGAGAUAACUGGAAGAUUAAGUACACCAUUGUAAAUCCUUCAGGGCACUUUGCCAUCCGCACAGACCCAGUUUCCAACCAAGGCAUCAUUUCUGUGGCUAAGCCACUAGAUUAUGAAUCCCAGGCCGAGUACAAGCUCAUUGUCAAAGCAGAGAAUGAAGUCAGGCUUAAAGCCCCAUACGAACAAAUACACAGUGCUACAGUCACCGUCAGAGUGAUGAAUGAGAACGAGGCUCCAGUCUUCUAUAAAAACCCCAUUAAAGUGACUGUUGCGGAGUCCAUUGUUCCCGGUACUGUCCUGGUCUCAGAUAUUGCUCACGAUCCAGACAAUGCCAAGCUAAGGUUUGAAAUCAUCCAGGAUCCUGAGAGUUGGCUUGCUAUCAACCAUGAAACUGGACAAAUCACAGCCAGGAGAUCCUUCAAUAUCCGGUCCCCCUACGUCAGAAACAACAUUUACCCUGCUAUUGUGAAAGUCAUAGAUCAGGACGGUGAUGGCAUCUCUGCAACAGCUACAUUGGAGGUCAAUCUGUGGGAGACCAAUGAUUACCCACCAGUGCUGAUACCCUUGAGUGGGACAGUGUGCAGUAAUCAGGACAGAGAUAAGCUGGGCCUUCUGCUUAGUGCUGUGGAUGAGGACAUGUCCCCUCAAGCUGACCCCUUCACUUUUUACAUUGCUGAUCAAAACGUGGCUGCCAACUGGACCAUCAUAACUCUUAAUGAGACCCAUGCGGUUCUCCAGCCACUGAUAGACAUAGAGAAAGGGGAAUUCUCUAUUCCUGUGCUCGUAUCAGACUCUGGCUCUCCUUCCCUUUCCUCUAAUGCUCUGGUCAACGUGACUGUGUGUCCCUGUGACAGUUUCGGUGACUGCAGGAGCUACACCGCAGCCGUCUUUGGAACCAAAAUGGGAAUAAGCUUCAUUGCCCUUAUGAUUAUUAUGGGAUGCAUUGCUCUUCUGUUGUUUCUGAUUGUUCUUGCUGUGGCGGUGAAGGGCUGCACAAGGCAGAACAUUAGAAAAGGAGAAGGUCUGUUGGUCGGAGUGUCUGAUGAUGACAUCCGAGACAAUGUCUUUCACUACGAUGAGCAGGGAGGAGGAGAAGAGGAUGAAGAUGCAUUUAAUAUUGAUUUUCUGAGGAACCCAAGUGACAUGGUCCCUGCCCCAGCUUCAUUUUCCCCACAAGACUGCAGCCUGCCCAGGAGAAAACAGCCUCUAAGGAAAGACGCACCCCAUAACCUGCCUUCUCCUACAUAUCCACGCAAACCCCCCGGAGACCCAUCAGACAUAGAAGAUUUCAUCAAUGUUGGGCUUGACGCUGCUGACCAUGACCCUAACGUCCCACCAUACGAUACAGCCCUGAUCUAUGACUAUGAGGGCGAUGGGUCGGUAGCAGGCAGCCUCAGCUCUAUCGCUUCCAUGGGCUCAGACGGUGACCAUGACUAUGACUACCUCAAUGACUGGGGACCACGGUUUAAAAAACUGGCCAACAUGUACGACCCACGUUAGGCACCAGACUGAUCCUUUUGUUCAAAAUGUCCGAAAUACUCUCAUACAUGCAUGUCCUUCAAAACUCUAUGCAAAUCAAAUGUCCCAUCUUCAGUAUGAGAGUGCUCAUGAUGUAAGGACGAGGGGCGGAUUACAUUAUUGAUAUUGUAGAUAAACGGAGGUCUCCAUCAAUUCCCCAGUGAUCAGUGUAAAGGUCAUCAUUGUCAAAAAGAGACCGCACACAGUUUUUUUCCAUUCCUUCAUGGAUCAGUGAACCAAUUCAACAUACUGAUGUGACAAGUGCUUACUGUGGGCCAGAGUGUAAAUGGCUCACAUUAUGAAUGCACAAACUGGAGGGAAGAACUUUGUGUUAGUGCAUACUGAUUAGACAUGGUGCAAAAAGAGAUGCUUUGUUCAUAAACCAUGAGUCAUGUUCUUGUGAGAUUAAUUUAGCUGAUGACCAAUACAGAGAUUUUCUGUACAAAAGAAGAAUUCACCCAAAAAAGAUAUUGGUAUUCAUAAAUUGUCAUUUACUUAUAACCAUCGUUCUAAACCUAUAUGACUUUCUUUCAUCUAUCGAACACAGAAGGAUGUUUUAUAUUGUGGUACAACUUCAGAGCUGCUCUUUUCUAUAUAUAAAAGAUAUUGUAAAAUAUGGUGCAUCAAGUUACACAGUGACAAAUUUGAACAGUAGUAACACCAAGGGACACUGGUUUUAGCGUAUAAAGAGAGAGUGAAAGCACAACUGAGAAAUAUACAAUUUUAUGUGAUUAAAAAAAUAAAAUAAAUGUAUGGUAGUCAAUAAAGAGGAAAGAAGAAAAUUUGUUACUCAAUGGUUUGUAAAUAUCCCUCAUGCUUUCCACCAAUGAAAACCUUUAGUUGUACGGAAAACAGCAGCUCCCAAAUGAUAUAUUCUUAGGUAUACAUCAAUUUUUCAAUAUCUAUUUUUGAGACAGAUUUACUGAUAAAAUGUUUUUUUUUUUAUUUUAAUCUUUAGAUCAAUUGUUGUUAUUCUAUUUUAUACAUCAUUAGUAUCUUGUGUUAGAAUUGUGCUCGUAAUACUAAUUUUAACUUUAGCAAGUAAAACAGACAUUUAAAGAUUAUUUUCAUGUGCAGCAUAUUAACAGUUUGCCAAAUGAAUGAUGCCUUAAAUGUAUACAUUUUUUGUUCCCCUCAAGAGCAAGUUUUUCCUUUUUACAUAAUUCCUAUUGUAAUAAUUUUGGUAGUUUCUGUGUUUCCCAAUUUUGAACUACAUAGUUUUGUUUUUAAUAUUUAUUUCAUAAUAAAACAUGAAAUGUUGUUAUCUUUUCUUUUAGUUAUGAAUAUGUCUGUAUUUUCUGUAAAGAGUAUUUUUCAUAAAAACAAAAAACACAUCUGCCCAAAACAUUUAUGAUCAAUGGUAAAAUAAAACCAAUAAUAUUAACUAAAAUGUAAUUGGUACAACAAAAACUCUCUGAAAUUAAACAUUUUUUCACAAUUUAUUGCAUAUGGUGCAGAAUAUCCACUGACAUCACAAGAUGACUUCAGACAUAGCACUGGCAAUGCUUAUCUGGUCUAAUGAACCGGUUUCUUAGGCAAUUAAGAGCUGAUCUGUAAGGUUCGGAAAGAAGCUCAAAAAGCAUUCAUGAACUUCUCAAAGGAGGCAUCUACUACUCUUUAAGAGAGAGCUACCUUAUUU